AUGUUUCAACACAAUAAAAAAUGCUUCACGAUCGAGUCCAUUGUCGGCAAAGACCCGAAUUCCUCGACUGCUGGCGACGAACCUAUUAGACCCACGGCUUUGAGAUUCACGGAAUCGAUUCAUCCGGCACCCUUUGGGAGUUGCUUUCAGAAUUCAGGGAGGACGCUCUACAGCAGUCCAGAGAUGAUGUUCCCAGAUCCGGGCUCACACUCAACGAACACCACGUUGUCCCUGCAUCCCCUUCAGAUUCCUUCUCAACCUUUCUUCAACCCUCAUCAGAGAGAAACUUUGAACUUCUACCCUUGGGUGCUUCGAAAUCGAUACCUUGGACACAGAUAUCAAGGUGAGGAGAGCAGCCCUGAGAAUCUUCUGUUGCACGGCCCUUUCUCCCGCAAGCCCAAGCGUAUCCGCACGGCCUUCUCCCCGUCUCAGCUGCUCCGCCUGGAGAGGGCCUUUGAGAAGAACCACUACGUGGUGGGCGCCGAGCGGAAGCAGCUGGCCAACGGGCUGUGCCUGACGGAGACGCAGGUGAAGGUCUGGUUUCAGAAUCGAAGGACCAAGCACAAGAGGCAGAAGCUGGAGGAGGAGUCACCUGAGUCCCAGCAGAAGAGGAAGGGCAGUCAGCACGUUAGCCGCUGGCGCGUGGCCACGCAACAGGGCAGCUCGGAGGACAUAGAUGUCAUCUCAGAGGACUGA